UCGAGGUUGGUUCUUAGGCGGAAGCACUGUGGGACAGUUCUAGGAACCCCGUGUGAAAAACUUGUGUGUGAUCUUUUUGUCACCUAGUCCAGUGCUCUGAUAAGGGGACCCCUCUCCCCGUGUCCCACAGUUGAGCUGGGAUCACACGGUUUUCCUGCUUGAAUCUCACCGUCCUACCACCCCCACUAAACACACACAACAGUUGUUCAAGUCCCUGGGGUCUGUGGGUAUCUGCAAGCCUGCCCAUGUAGGGAGUGGAGCCGAAGAUGAAGCCUGAGCUGUCCUGAGGGACUGCCUAGCAGGAACUUAUAGACCCAAGGUGCCCCCUCCCCACCACAACAGAGGAGGCCUGUAGAAGGACAGGAAAGUAAGAGCAAGAGCUGCACCAGAAGAAGAGUCAACCCAGAAAAAUGGCCAGCAGGAAGACCAAGAAGAAGGAAGGUGGUGCUCUUCGUGCUCAGAGGGCCUCAUCCAAUGUCUUUUCCAACUUUGAACAGACACAGAUUCAGGAAUUUAAAGAAGCGUUCACACUCAUGGAUCAGAACAGGGAUGGAUUUAUCGACAAGGAGGAUUUGAAAGACACCUAUGCCUCCCUAGGCAAGAUUAAUGUUAAAGAUGAUGAGCUGGAUGCCAUGCUGAAGGAGGCCACAGGCCCCAUCAACUUCACAAUGUUCCUGAACCUGUUUGGUGAGAAGCUGAAUGGGACAGAUACAGAGGAGACAAUACUGAAUGCCUUCAAGAUGCUGGACCCAGAUGACAAAGGGAAAAUCCACAAGGAUUACAUAAAGCGUCUGCUGAUGUCCCAGGCUGACAAGAUGACUGCAGGAGAGAUUGAUCAAUUGUUCCAAUUCGCUUCCAUUGAUGCAGCUGGAAACCUGGAUUAUAAAGCUUUGAGCUACAUCAUCACCCAUGGGGAGGAGAAGGAAGAAUAACAAGAAGUCGGACUGGGGGGAACAUUGUCCAUUCAAUAAAGGUUAUUCAGCAAACACAGUCCUGAUCUGACUGCCCAUAUUUGGUCCCAGAAUAAGCCCCAUCAGUUCUAAGCUAAGAAAGUUCUAGUUCUGAAAUAUAUCCAGUCUCCUGGCCUGCCCUGCGUGCCCCAAACCUGGGGAGUAGGGCAGAGGGCUGCUCCUGAACUUACCCAACAACCUUGUUCUGGGGGUCAGUAACUCUCACCAGAGCUCAUCCUUAGGGUCAUUGACUCCCACAGGAAUUCUGUCUUGGGCAUGGUAAUACAGAAGCCUAGAAAAACCAUUCUAAUCUGGAACAAAAGACCAUGGUUUUAUAGACUUUUAGAGCUGGAAGGCAGGAAAGUGAGGCCCAGAGAAGUUAUUAGGCUCACACAGAUAAUAAAUGGCAGAGCCAG